GGGGUGGUGGUUCACGGAUUGUGUCUCUCCAGUAAAAUCCGUGCGUGUCCGCCCCGGAGCGAUGGGAGAGGCCGAGACGCGUCAGAAACUGCUCCGCAAUGUGAAGAAGGAGGUAAAACAAAUCAUGGAGGAAGCUGUAACAAGGAAAUUUGUGCAUGCAGACAGCAGCCACAUCAUAUCCUUCUGUG